AUGUUCUCCGCUGCGCGUCUACAGGACAAGGUGGUGCUGGUGACCGGUGCGUCGUCCGGUAUCGGUGCUGCGACUGCCAAGCUAUUUGCUCAGGCCGGUGCGAAUGUCGUGCUGGCCGCGCGCCGCGCGGAUAAGCUCUCGGCGGUGCGCGAGGAGUGCGAGGCGGCGAACAAGGCGGGCCAGUCGGGCAAGGGCGGGCGCUACGCUGCGAUCUCGCUCGACAUGCGCAACACGGAGCAGAUCGACAAGGUGCUUACGCAGCUGCCCGACUGGGGCAAGGACGUCGACGUGCUGGUGAACAACGCGGGCCUCGCCGUGGGCACGGACCGUGUUGGGGACUUGCAGCUCGAUGAAGUCGACCGCAUGUUUGAGACAAACGUCCGCGGCCUGAUCCACAUCACGCAGGUCUUUGUGCGCGAGUUCAAGCGGCGCAGCACCGGGCACAUUAUCAACAUCGGCUCUAUCGCGGGUGUCGAGGCCUACCCCGGCGGCUCGGUGUACUGUGCAUCGAAGUUUGCGGUGCGCGCCUUUACCUCUGCGCUGAACAAGGAGCUGUACGACACGCCGAUCCGCGUGAGCAACAUCCAGCCGGGUAUGGUCGAGACCGAGUUCAGCGUCGUCCGCUUCCGUGGCGACCAGACGGCCGCCGACAAGGUGUACGACGGCAUCGAGCCGCUCACUGCCGAGGAUAUCGCCGAGGAGGUCGUGUGGACCGCAAGCCGCAAGCCGCACGUGAACCUCGCCGAGGUGCUCGUCAUGCCGGUCAACCAGGCGAGCCCGUACCACGUCGCGCGCCCGGGCAAGUAG